ACGUUUCCUGUAAGCAGAAGAAGAAGAAGAACCGGAAAAGGGAGUUGAGCGUCAGUGUAUGCUCCCUGCUCAGGCUCAGUCGACCAGGAUUCAACCCCAAACAGACCUAGGACCAUGUUGAGGGCCUGUCUAAGAGGAGCCAACGCCACAUCCCGGAGAAACAGCGGGAGAACCGCGUUAGCCAACUUACAGCGAUGUCAGCGCUAUUCAACAGGACAGAGCAGUGGUGGAGGUGCUGCUGCCAAAGUAGUUGCUGCUGGUUUGCUGACAGUAGGUGGUGCAGUUGGAGGCACAGUCCUGUGUUCAAAAUGGGACCACAAGUUCAGAGCAGCUGUGGAGAAGAGUGUUCCGUACUCUGAUUGGCUGCUGAAUCUGGCUUUGGGACCUCCUCCUCAAGACAUCGUUCUCCCACUCAAGAAGCAGGUGGAGAAGACUCAGCCUCCGUCUAUGAUGGAGAAACGGGUGAAGACUUCCAAAACCAAGUCUGGGAAAAAGGGGGAGGAGCCAGAGGAGAGUCCAGCUCAGGAGACGAGUGCCGUCCAAGCUCAGCCUGCACUGAGUCUGGAGGAGGCGUCGGCGGAGGCCACGCAGAUCCUCUCAGCCAUCAGUGAGGUCCAGACUGUUCCUGCACCAUGUGACACGGCUGUGGUCAAAGAGGAGUGCAAAGAAUGUCACGACCACAAACAAGGUCCGGCGACGGCAUCGGUUCAGCCCGACACAGAGUCUGCUGCACCAGAACCACUGAAGGAGCGACCGGUGGAGGAGGUGACGGCCCGACUGGCCCGACAAGACCAAGAGGAGCAGGACGUGGUGGCAUCGUUGUCCGUCACCCUGGAAGAUUCUCUGUCAAACUCGGCCAAAGCGACUCUGCACGCCAUCGGGGCUCAGGAAGCAGCGCUGCAGGCCAUCACGCUGCACAUACACCGACUGAAGGAGGCCAUGGAGGCAGAGGUUCCGGCUGAAGAGAAGUCGGUUCAGUGGAAAGAUCUAGAAGCAGCGUUGGCGAACAGAAACGCUGCUGUGAAUGACGCCGGAGCUGCACUGAAAAAAGCCAAUGAAGCCCUGCAGAGUCUCAGGUCAGUGAUCGACCAGUCCAAAGGCCUGAAGGUGGCGGCGGCGCGCCCCGUGGUCCUGGCAGCGGAGGAAAAUCUUCAUAAGAUGGAGGUGGACCUGGAUAAAAUCAUCACCAAGGUCCACUCAGCAGAGUCAGAAGCCAGGAUCGUCUCCCAGUACAGUGAACUCGUGAAUGAAGCCAAGCAACAGUUCCAGAGAGAAGUGAGCAGCCUGACUCCAGAGAUCCAGGCCAACUGGAAGGGACUGACGGGGAAACUGUCAGCAGACGACCUGAACUCUCUGAUCGCCCACGCCCACCGUCGGAUUGAUCAGCUGAACCGAGAGCUGGCCGAGCAGCGGGUCAGGGAGCAGAUCCACGUCGAUGCAGCUCUGGAGCAGCAGAAGCUGGAGGACCAGAAGAGCCUGGAGAAGACGGUCAACACCGCACUGCUGCACAUCAGGGAGGAGGCCCGUCUGGAGCAGGAGCACAAGUUGGCAGAGCUGAGAGAUGUGAUGGAGGCAGAGAUGAGGACUCAGCUCCGGCGUCAGGCUGCCGCUCACACAGACCACGUCAGAGACGUCCUCAAAGUCCAGGAGCAGGAGCUGAGAGCUGAUGCUGAGCAGGUCCUGGGCAGUAAGAUGCUGGAGCAGGAGACUCGCUUCCGUCAGCUGAGUCAGGAACAGCUGGAUAACUUCACUCUGGAUAUGAACGCUGCCUACGCUCGACUGAAAGGAGUGGAAGAAGCUAUAGACAGUCAUGUGGUCGCAGAGGAGGAGGCUCGCAGAGCUCAUCAGCUCUGGCUCUCCGUGGAGGCUCUCAGCUACGUCCUCAGAAGCGCCGAUGUCGAUUCACCCACCGUGCCUCUAGAGGGCGGCGCGCAGGUGGUGCGGGAAAACUGCCACGACAACGAGUUCGCCUGUGCUCUGGCCUCGGCUCUUCCAGAAGAGUCCCUGAAGCGCGGCGUGUACAGCGAGGCCGCUCUGCGUGCCCGGUUCAACUCCCUGCGCUCGCUGGUCCGCAGGGUCGCCCUCAUUGAUGAAUCCCAUAAUUCCCUGUAUCAAUAUUUCCUGUCCUACCUUCAGGCUGCUCUGCUGUUUGAGCCCAAACAGGAAGCUCCGCCCACCCAGUUGAGCAGCGAGGACCUGGAUCCGUUCAAGCUCCUCUCAUACGCCACUUUCUGCUUAGAGCACGGAGAUCUGGAGCUGGCAGCAAAACUGGUGAACCAGCUGAGAGGAGAGGCCAGGAGAGUGGUGGAGGACUGGCUGACCGAGGCCAGACUCACCCUGGAGACCAGACAGGUGGUCUCGCUGCUCGCUGCUUAUGCAAACGCUGUUGGCUUAGGGACCACGCAGGCUCCUUAGGUCGAUGCUCCCCAACCUGGGGCUCCUUUAGGGAACGUUCCAGGUCCCUUUAGGUGGACUGAAGCCAGCUAACACCGAUGUUAUCACGCAGCCUCGGCUCAUUAUCGUUAAAGCACUAAGUCUCUGUGGACGAACAAAUGUAGGAUGUGUACGUGGUACAGCAGCAGAUGUGUCAAACCUGGACCAGGUGUCGGGUCCACAGGUUUGGCCCUGGUAUUUAUUGUUUUGUGUGAAAAGAAAAGAGGAGAGAACUUUAGUUGGAAAUGUUUGGAAAAGCUGGCGUUUUAUUUUUGUUGGUUCUGCACAUGUUACAAUAAACCAUGAACUGCA